AUCUCAGUACCUGAGCAUUAAAUGAGCUGCAGAAGGCAGAAGUCAACACCUCCUCACUUCUCCAGCUCUUCAUGGGGUGCAGGACAUGUGGAAGGCCAGAGGUGAAACAUAGGAGGGGAUUGUGGUCGCCGGAAGAGGACCAGAAGCUGAGGGAGUACAUCCUUAAGCAUGGCCAUGGUUGCUGGAGCUCGGUUCCAGCCAAAGCUGGGCUGCAACGAGAUGGGAAGAGCUGCAGAUUGAGGUGGAUCAAUUACCUGAGGCCAGGACUGAAGCGUGGUAGCUUCUCUCCCGACGAGCAGGAGACAGUCAUGAAGCUUCAUGCUGCGUUGGGCAACAAGUGGUCUCUGAUCGCAACGCAUCUUCCUGGGAGGACAGACAACGAGGUGAAGAACCACUGGAACUCCUACCUGAAGAAGAAAGCCGUCGAGAUCGAUGGAUCGACGUCGUCUUGUUCCUCCACAUCUUUCACGGCAUCAAGCUCUCAAUCCUCCAUGAUCGAAUCACGUGUCCCUGAAAACCUCAACAACGAAGUCCCAUUUCCGGCCUCUUCAGAGGAUGGGUACUCAUCCUUGUUCGUCUCACAGCUCACCAGCCAUGGCUGCUCAUCUUUUGGGACUCCACAACCUCCCGUCGCCAAGGUCAUAUUUGCUGACUGGUUACCAGCAGACCAUGCAAAUGACCACAUCUCAUCAUGUUUCCUCGAGGAACACCACCAAUUGUGCCAGGAGACACUCCAACCUAAAUCCUCUCAAGCUGCCUUAUAUGAAGAUUGGAGAUAUCUCAGUGGCCACAACUUGUCACAUUCAGAUAUCUCAGGUGUCGAAACCUUGCAGGUGGAUGAAACAUCACAAUCUGAGAUGGAGAAACGAUGGGCAACUCAUCAGAUCCUCUUUCCUUGGUUCGAUUGAUUGAUGAACUACGAGGAGGAUACGCAUGAUGGAAGAAGAAUUAGGCGAGAAACAACCUCGAUUUUGUUUGUCAGGACUCGCCUAUUAUGAAUGUAAUGAAAGUCCAUUAUGUAUCGUCAUCCAUCAUGAUCUUUAAUUUGGUGCAAACUUAUAUAUCAAUC